AUGGAGAAAGGGAGGAUAUCACUACACUACGCUACUGCUGCCUGCGAUAGUGAGAGUGUCUUUGAACUAAAGGGAAGUCCACUUAGCUACGCUGACAUUAAUUAUAGCAGGCAGCACCACCCAUUGCAAAAUAAUAUUGCACCUUUCAUGGUCGGUAGCAAAAGUAGAACACGCAAAAUCAGCAUUGACCAACAUCCUAGUGACACGAAACCAAAGGGCUACACUCUUUUAAUUGCGUAA